AUGUCGAAACUGAGACAACUGCUAGACAUUCUUCGCCAGAAACUCCUAAGAAGAAGAAGAAAUCACAGGUUGCUUGAAUUUCCCCCAGACCUAAGUUUUCCAAAUAAUGAUUCUACUCUGGAGAAUAAACCAGAGAGCCAUAUCUCUCUUGAUACUGCGUUGACUGUUAAACCUCUACCUACAGCUGAUACUAUGUUGUCUCAAGAAGAAUUAGCAAUACCUGAGAAAACGAAACCCUCUGAUUACCUAAAGAUCAUGAUGUUUACUAUUGGUACUUCAACUAACAAGUGCUCAAGCUCUUCAAUAGUUUCUGGCAGAGUCUCUUCUGUCGAACCUCUUGAAGACGUGCUUCGCCAACUUAGAGCCAAACUUCUCAGUGUGGAUCUAUUCAACAUGCUGGUGACAGAUUCCAUGUUUUGUUAUGGGCUUAAGGGUCUACUGAAAAAGGUUUAUCUUCUUACUGUUCCUCAUUAUAUCCUUAGGUUUGUGGUGGAAUUUACGCCUUUCCUCGACCAGAUAAUUGCUGACAUUGCCAGGAAGAAUGAUACAUUAUACAAGAUGCAACCUAAACAAUGA